AUGGGAUUCAUACAAAGCCAAUUGAUAGAGAUUGGGAAACUCUCAUACCCCAGCACAUCAUAUUCCGGGCAAUCGAUUGUCAUAACGGGCAGCAACACCGGCCCUGGCAAAGAAGCAGGCCGCCACUAUGCUCGGCUUGGCACGAAGAGACUGAUCUUGGCCAUCGAUAUGGCGCAGCCCUCAAGCAUAAAGGCUUUCGCCACUCGACUUGAAAGCGAGCUUGACCGAGUCGAUAUCUUUCAUGCCAAUGCGGGCUUGGUCUCGGCGAGUUACAAGGAAGUCCAAGGAUUCGGGGCAAAGGGGGUGAAGAUGAAUAUCGCGAUCAACUACAUCCCGACCAACCUGCUCGUCGCUCUUGUGCUACCCAAGCUAAAAGCCACGUUUCCUCAAAAGUCAAAGUCCAACCUCCUCGAAGCGGUGAAAAACAAUAGAGAGCAUAGCCCGUACUGGAAAGAGCAGUAUCCUCUCUCUAAGCUCCUCGGCGUAUUCGCUAUCCGCAGCAUCGCGGAGGAGUAUCCCUCUUACCCCGUGACCAUAAACGCUGUGUCCCCCGGCCUUUACCACUCCGAUCUGUCGCGCGAGGCCAAGGGGCUGCAGAAGGUGGCCUUCGGGUUGGUGAAGACCAUGCUGGCCAGGACGACGGAGCAAGGUAGCGGGACUUUAGUUUCGGCGGGGAUCGCGGGUUUGGAGUCGCAUGGUCAAUAUCUCGAAGACUGCAAGGUGGCAGAGCCCUCCGAAGUGGCGACCCAGAACCCGGACGUAGGAAAGUGCUUUUGGGCCGAGUUGAAAGCGAAGUUAGAGGAGAUUCAACCUGGAGUGACGAACAACUUUUGAGUUAGACUUAUCCACA